GUCACUUGAGUUCGUUCGCCUGGUCAACAACAGCGGAGAAAGCGAGACGAGAAGAGAAGAGAGUGAGAAGCGCGAAGAAUCCCGGCAUAUCCGUAUCCCGAGAGUCCCGACGAUCCGUAGUUCCAAAGUUUUCGCCGCGGAACCGCGAAUUCCAGUUACCCAGUAUCCCCAACACCACAUAAAAAUAUGUGCCUUUCAUCCCCGAUUCCCGGCCAGAAACAGGGGCCGGCUCCCUGCAAUGGAUCCUGCAGCCUGGACAGGAAUGGCAAUCGCAGCGCCUCGACUGUUCCAAAUGGAGGAGAGCUGAAGCACAGAGGCACCAAUGGCACAUCACACACCCUAAUCAAGGAUGAGGAUAAUCUGGGCUACAAAGAGGAGAAUGCGGUAUACAAGGAGCAAGUCCUGGAGCAGGAGAAGCUUCUGCAGGAUCAGAAGGUGAAGGAGUCGGAGGCAGAGGAGGAGGAGGAGUAUCACCCACAGAUCAGAUGGCCCGAUCUCGGGGCCCAGACCUUCCUGCACAUCGGCGCCCUCUACGGAUUGUACCAGCUCUUCUACGCCAACUUCUACACAUUCCUUUGGGUGGUGAUCACCGUUUGGGUUUCUGGCAUCGGAAUCACGGCGGGAGCACAUCGACUUUGGUCCCAUAAAUCCUACACGGCCUCCUUGCCACUGAGGAUUCUGCUGGCCUUUGCUUUUUCCAUUGCGGGACAGAGAGAUGCCUACACGUGGGCUUUGGAUCAUAGGAUACACCACAAGUUCUCGGAGACUGAUGCCGAUCCGCACAAUGCUAAGCGAGGCUUUUUCUUCGCCCACGUGGGCUGGCUUUUCCUCACCCCCCAUCCCAAGGUCGUGGCCAAGAGGAAGGUCAUCGAUAUGUCGGAUCUGGAGGCGGAUGCGGUUUGCAUGUUCCAGCGGAAGUACUACAUCCCCCUGUUCGCCCUCUGCUCCAUCGUUUUGCCGGUGGCUGUGCCCUGGUAUUUCUGGAACGAGGACCUCUGGAUGUCCUUCUGGAUCAACUUCAACAUGCGAUUCACAUGGACCCUCAACGUCGCCUUCUUCGUGAACAGCGUGGCGCACAUGUAUGGCAACAAACCAUACGACAAGAACCUUAUGUCCACUGAGGCCCCCAUCGUCUCCCUGCUGGCCAUGGGAGAGGGAUGGCACAACUACCACCACGUCUUCCCCUGGGACUACAAGACGGGCGAGUUUGGCAACUAUAGCCUCAACAUCACCACCGGUUUCAUUGACUUCUGCGCCUGGCUGGGCCUGGCCACAGGACGUAAAUCGGUAUCCCCUGAUAUGGUUUUGAGGAGAGCCAAGAAAUGCGGCGAUGGAACUCGCUUCCUGGACGACGACUUCGCCCACAAGGAUCCGGUGUGGGGAUUCGGGGACAAGGACAUUCCCCGCGAGGACAUCGUGGAGCUGGCCAAGAUGCAAAACUAAGCUCUUUAGCCAUGUGUAUUAUGUUUUCAGCCUGUGGUUUUUCUAGUAUUAAGUUUGUAGCACCAAGCCAUGCCUUUUGCUUAUGCUUAAGUGACCUAAGCUUUCACUUGAAGUUUGCAGAGAUUUCGAAUGAAAGUUGUGAUCUUUUACGCGAGGCAUUUGACCCAUUACCCCCAUCCCAUCCCAGGAUCAAUAGGAUCGUCGUAUAGGGACGCUAAUCUCCCAUCGUUGCUUUCGUUACUUACCUGCGGGUCAAUAAACUAUGUUUUGUAUUAUAA